GUCUUAUGUAGUUAUGUUAGAUUUUAUUUCUUAUUUCUUUGUUCUGUUUCCCUGUAGUAGAUUUGUUAUGAUUAACUUAUGGCUAGUGAUCAUGGUGCUAUAUAUAUGCUUUGAGACUUUGUUAAUGUCAUCUUCUGAUCAUUUUAAGCUUAGUGGUUAACAAGUGAUAAGACUACGUGUGAUGACUGUUUAACUUUGAGGAACAAUGAUAUGGUAAACACUAAUCAAAGUGUGACAAUUUGAAGAAUUUUAACACUAUAAAGACCAACAAAACAAAAUUGAAGCAAAGGAUUAAAGCUAAAGAAAAUUGAAUUGGGUGAUUCUUUCAAAGUUGAAUGCUUCAUUGCAUGGUGGAACUGUAAUUUGCAGAACUUGACAACACCCCAUUUUGAUUUUCUACUUUAAUUUGCAGAGCUUGAAACAAAGAGAAUUUUGCUUGACAUUUUUAAGGAAAAGCAGAAGAAAAGUGCUGAAGCUUCUACAAUACCAAGUUUCUACAAGAAGGAUGUCUUCAUCAGAGUUAGAGGAGAAGAAAAAGGUUGUGUACGCACUUGUAUGUGAAGUUGUGAAUUACUUCACGAGUAAUGUUGUCAAAAGUCCACGUAGAGAUUCAGAUCAAACAGGUUAUCGUUGGGUUUCUGAAAUUCUAAAUGGUCAUCCGAUUCGUUGUUACCAAAUGUUUAGAAUGAAGAAACAUGUCUUCUUCCAUUUAUGUGAUGUGUUGCAAAACAAGUAUAACUUGAGGCCAACUCGCAAUGUGGGAAUUUAUGAGCAGGUUGCUUUUUUUUUUAUACAUGGUGGGUCAACCAGCUUCUGUUCGCAAUUUAGAGGAGAGAUUCCAACAUUCUGGAGAAACAAUAUCUAGACAGUUUCAUAGCGUCCUAAAUGCUGUUUGUGGACUUGCAAGAGACAUAAUUAAACCUAUUGACUCAUCAUUUAGUGAUGUUCCUGAUGAGAUUAAGAAUGAUGUCAGAUAUUACCCUUAUUUUAAAGAUUGCAUUGGUGCAAUAGAUGGUACUCACAUAAGAGUUUGUGUUCCUCCUCAACUCCAGGCAACUUAUAUUGGUAGGAAAGGUUACACUACCACUAAUGUCAUGGCUGCUUGUGAUUUCAACAUGUGCUUCACCUUUGUCUGGGCUGGGUGGGAGGGUUCUGCACAUGAUGCUAAGAUUUUUAUGGAGGCUCUGCGUAGACCAUCAUUGCAUUUUCCCCAUCCUCCUCAUGGUAAAUAUUAUCUUGUUGAUGCGGGAUACCCUACUUUUAUGGGUUUUCUAGGGCCAUACAAAAAAAAUAGGUAUCAUCUUCUGCAAUUCAGAAAUGGACCUAGAAUAACAGGGAGAGUUGAGGUGUUCAAUUAUUAUCAUUCUAGUCUUCGCAAUGUGAUUGAACGAUCAUUUGGUUGUUGCAAAGCAAAAUGGAAGAUACUAGGUAGUAUGCCUUCUUAUGAUUUGAAGACACAAAACAAAAUCAUUACGGCUUGUAUGGCUUUGCAUAACUUUAUUAGAAGAAAUGAUAGAAGUGAUGAAGAAUUUGAUGCAAAUUAUGAAAAUGAAGAUGGAGGAGGAGAAAAUGAAGCUGGCCCAAGUACUGUUACAUGGGAGGAACCUGAUUUUCAAAGUUCCUUGCAAAUGGAGCAAAUUAGGGAACACAUCAAAAAUAUGUUUCCAACACGAGUUUAG